GCGCUGCGCGCUCCGACCUCUUUGCCCGCCUCGCUCGGGGGGCUGCCCGGAGGCGACCGCGCCAUGAAGAAGGAAGCGGCGGCGGCACCAGGGCGCAGCGGGGCCAGCUAGAUCUCCCCGGAGACGAGAUGCUUGCUGAUACCAGGCCUCUAGAUCCAUCUAUGUGACUUUGCUGGAGAAACCAUGACCGAAGUCCUCCUGACCGCUGUUCUGAAUGGGACUGAAAACCACUCGCUGGCCAGCAGUGGAUGGACGUCGAACAAUGUCACCAGCAAGUGCUUGCUGACCAAAACUGGUUUUCAGUUCUAUUACCUGCCUGCUGUCUACAUCAUAGUCUUCAUCACUGGAUUCCUGGGCAACAGCGUGGCGAUCUGGAUGUUUAUCUUCCACAUGAGGCCUUGGAGCGGCAUCUCGGUUUACAUGUUCAACCUGGCACUGGCUGACUUCUUGUAUGUCCUGACUCUUCCUGCGCUGAUCUUCUACUACUUCAAUCAAACCGAUUGGAUCUUUGGGAACUUCAUGUGCAAGCUGCAGAGGUUCAUCUUCCACGUCAACCUGUAUGGAAGCAUCUUGUUCCUCACUUGCAUCAGUGUGCACAGGUACACAGGUGUGGUCUACCCCUUAAAAUCACUGGGGCGGCUGAAAAAAAAGAAUGCCGUCUACAUCAGCAGCUUGGUUUGGGGGGUUGUGGUCACUGGGAUUUCCCCCAUCUUCUUCUACUCUGGAACUGGGGAAAGGAAAGUCAAAACCAUGGCUUGCUACGACACGACGGUAGACGACUACCUACGAAGCUACUUCAUUUACAGUAUGUGCACCACAGUCUUCUUGUUUUGCAUCCCGUUCAUACUGAUCCUGGGCUGCUACGGAUUAAUCGUGAAAGCACUGAUUUACAAAGACUUAGACAAUUCCCCGCUCAGGAGGAAAUCGAUUUACCUGGUUAUUAUAGUGUUGGCGGUAUUUGCUGUGUCUUAUCUCCCCUUUCACGUGAUGAAAAACUUGAAUCUACGAGCCAGGCUGGAUUUUCAGACUCCAGAAAUGUGUGCCUUUAACGACAGGGUUUAUGCCACUUACCAAGUGACUCGGGGGCUGGCGAGCCUCAACAGCUGCGUGGAUCCUAUUCUGUACUUCUUGGCUGGAGACACGUUCCGAAGACGGCUGUCGAGAGCAACCAGGAAAGCUUCAAGAAGGAGCGAGCUCAACGUGCAGUCAAAAAGUGAGGAUAUGACUCUCAGCAUUUUAUCUGAGUGUAAACAGAAUGGAGACACAAGCUUGUGAAUAACAGUUUAAUUUUCCUUUCGCAAGCAAGCACUCUCGUCCCCCUUUCCCUUAUCCCCACCCUUCAUUUUUAACCCAUGUAAGAAUCUAAUUUCGUGCAUUUUCAAGAAAACUUAACAAGCGGACAAUUUAUUUUGUUUUGUUUUGUUUGAAAAACAUGCCGUGUGAAGCUAGGAAAAACGUGGGGAAAGUAAGUGUCAAAUUCUUUAAAAAUUAAAUGGAAAACAAUAUGGGAGGUUUCUGUUCUUACCCUUUUAAUUCUGAAAAAUUAAUUUAUCUGAUAGUCUGGUACACACAACAAAAGCAGUGCAAACCCUCAGAGAAGGCGUCUCCUUGCCUUAAGAGUAUGAGGAAUGCCCGUGGAAGGUGAAUAUUUCUUUAAGGCUCUAGUCUAUUCUCCAGCUUUCAGAUCCCUAGCCUGUUUCUGCCUUGCUGUGGUUCUGGAAAGGGCAGUGUCUGUAGGGGACCAGCACCAGUCAGGGAUAUUGCAGCCCCCCUCCCUGAAUGUAGGUCUUUUUAUUGAAAACAUCAACGACAAAAAAGCCCUUUGAUUUGCAGAGAUACCAAGGAGGCUGACGGCGUUCUACACAGCUGAUCGAUGAGAAGUAAGCCUGGUGCUUAUUUUAUUAAAGUUGAAUUUUGUUUAAUAAUUAAGUAAGGUUGGAACAUAUUCGAUGACUUGAAUUUGUUGUUUGGUAUUGACUUCAGGUCCUCCUCCUCCUCCCUUCCUGCAUGUCCCGAUAAGCUUCCUCAUCACAGGAGUUCUGGAUGUAGACAUGUGUUCCUGGACCACUCUCUUAAACACUGCCGAAAGCACAUUGCAA